AUGUCUAAGUUAAAGAUCAUAGUCUCUACGACGAGCUUGCUCUGCACAAGGAUUGAAUGGACUCUAAAAUUGAAGGGCUUCGAGGACGGGAUGAUUGUUGAAGAUUGGAGGAAGCAGAAGAGCGAAUUGCUUUCGAAGUCAAACCCAGUGCACAAGAAGGUCUUGGUGCCUUUGGACGAUGGGGUGGCGAUUGCAAAGUCGAAAGUGAUCCUGGAGUACAUCGAUGAGAAGUGGAAGGGGGGCGAUCCUUUUCCGUUAUUGCCUCAAGACCCCUUCCAGUUCGUUUCCGGGAUCAGUCUGCUUGAGGAAAAGGCGACUCUUUUGACCAUUUUCCCCCAAGUUAUUGUUUUCUCGCCUGCCUGUGUUGUUUUGUUCACGUCAUGGUGA